CGCCGCCAGGAGCCCGCAGCCCGCGCCCCGAGCCCGCCGCCGCCGCCGCCCUCCGAGGGCGCCCCAGGCCGCGCCAUGGUGAAGGUGACGUUCAAUUCGGCUCUGGCCCAGAAGGAGGCCAAGAAGGACGAGGCAAAGAGCGGCGAGGAGGCGCUCAUCAUCCCUCCGGACGCCGUUGCCGUGGACUGCAAGGACCCAGGUGAAGUGGUUCCAGUUGGCCAAAGAAGAGCUUGGUGUUGGUGCAUGUGCUUUGGACUGGCGUUUAUGCUCGCGGGUGUCAUUCUAGGGGGAGCGUACCUGUACAAAUACUUUGCACUUCAACCAGAUGACGUCUACUACUGUGGAAUAAAGUACAUCAAAGAUGAUGUCAUCUUAAAUGAGCCUUCUGCAGACGCCCCAGCCCCUCGCUACCAGACCAUUGAGGAAAAUAUCAAGAUCUUUGAGGAAGACGAGGUUGAAUUCAUCAGCUUGCCUGUCCCAGAGUUUGCAGAUAGUGAUCCUGCCAAUAUUGUUCAUGACUUUAACAAGAAACUCACCGCCUAUUUGGAUCUUAACCUGGAUAAGUGCUAUGUGAUUCCUCUGAACACUUCCAUUGUCAUGCCACCCAAAAACCUACUGGAGUUACUUAUUAACAUAAAGGCUGGGACCUACUUGCCUCAGUCAUAUCUGAUUCAUGAACACAUGGUCAUCACUGAUCGCAUUGAAAACAUUGACCACCUGGGUUUCUAUAUUUAUCGACUGUGCCAUGACAAGGAAACGUACAAACUGCAACACAGAGAAACCAUUAAAGGUAUUCAGAAACGUGAAGCCAGCGUCUGUGCUACGAUUCGGCAUUUUGAGAACAGAUUUGCCAUGGAAACUUUAAUUUGCUCUUGAACAGUCAAGAAAAACAUAAUGGAGAGAAUUUAACACCACAGCAUAACCCCGCCCUUUGUAUUUUGUGCAGUGAUUAUUUUUUAAAAAAUCUUCUUUCAUGUAAGUAGCACAUAGGGCUUCACGAUUUUUUCAUCUCAUUAACUCAAUUAAAACCAUUAUCUUUAAAAAUCAAAAAAAA